AUGAGAGAGAGGUCCGAACAGAGAGCCCACGCGAUAUAUGCGUUUUCGCGAGCCAAAUUAACAACCCACGCCGCCGAGUCCUGGGAGCGGGACAUCGGCGAAGCCACCGCAGACUGGACCGCGCUACACCGCCUCUGCAGGCGGUUCACGGGCGUCGCCAGACCUAUUCACCCGCUUCGCGACGAGGCGGGCACACUCAACUACGCCGCCGCCGACCGGGCCGAGAUACUGGCCUCUCAUCUCGAGUGGCAGUUUUCACCGCACCCCACUGCUAACCCGGCGCGCGUCGCCGAGACAACGACGCCCCGACGCCUUAUUAGGCGUGCGGGGCCGAAGCACGACGACGACCAACCAUCCGAACAGGACAUCACCUCGGCGCGGGAAAGGCGCGUCUCACCCGCGAUUCAUCCGCUGGCCGUACCUACUGGGCCUCCCUCGGGGCUACCGGAGGUCUCACCCGGUGGGCGCGUGCCGCGCGCACCGAGACGCGCCGCCUGCGCACGACCAACAUUAAGGUGCGAUUACACGGCGAAGAAGGAGGACGACGCAUUUUCAGAUCUCAGCCUAAUAGGAGAGUUCCUCAACCAGGAAGCGGACGAAUGCGGCGUCUUCGCUACUUUAGAAGAAAAUAGAACAACAAGCCGGAGACCAUUGAGACACACACAUAAUGUCCAGGAAGAAGCGAGAAGAUGUCCACAUUGCGAUGAGCCACACUCGUUAUUGGAAUGUGUCAAAUGGCAAGUAGUAGAGGAAGCGAUACCAAUUUUAAAACCAUUCUAUGAAGUUACCAACGAAAUAAGCACAGAAAAACAAGUCAGUCUUUCAAAAGUCAUAGUAUAUUCUCGGCUUCUGCAUCAACAUAUUUCAAACUGUAAUUUAGAAGUAUACUCGCCCGAAGCACAAAAAAUGAUAACAAGUUUGAAAGCUCAAAUCCACAGAAGAUUUUAUGAUAAGAGUGAUGUGGAAUCCAAUGUAUUAUAUGCCGAAGCCACAAUAUUGGACCCCCGAUUUAAAAAUAGAGGUUUCCGAGACUUGAAUAAAUACGAAAGGGCAGUGUCAGGCUUAAAGAAAAAGGUCGGCCUCAGUAGUCGGAUUAACGUGAGGACAGAGAAUAUCGAAAGUCGAUCAACAGCUCAACCUCGGCCAGAAGCGGUUGGGAAACCAUCGAAUUCUUCGGCGUCAAUAUGGCAGAAAUUUGACGAAGAAGUUUCCGCACUUGUCCCGUGUAACCCUGUUGCCGCCGGUAUUGUUGAAUUAGACAAGUACAUUCAGGAGCCCUUAUUAGUGGAGUUACUAAGCACAAGCCUAGCGUCAAUUACCAAAAGGCGCCAGUCCGAGAAAGGUAAAUCGAAACGGAACAUCGUAAAACGAAACAGGAUAUGCUUCAAGUGUCUCAGCGGUAAACAUCGGAAGGAAUCGUGCCGAAAACCGCCUUGUAGAAUAUGCAAGAAGUGGCAUCACGCACUUUUACACGUCGACGUGCGCACCGAGGAGAGGGAAACCGCUACACCCGAGAUAAAUGUGACAGCAGCGGUCAACACGGCACGCAAGGCACGCGCAUUCACAGUCGAAGUGUUCGGGCCUAAAGGGACGCGUCAAAUCACAGCCUUGUUAGAUGAAGGAUCGACUCCCACACUCUUGGAUUCAACGGUGGCGAAAAGAGAUGAAGCUUGGAAGCCGCAGAAACCGAAGAGAACGAGGAACUUCUCUGUCAUCGAUCACGAAACAUUAGUUGAGGCCGAGAAGUUACUAUUGAAGCGGAGCCAGUGGGAAAGUUUCGCCGACGAAAUAUCAAGCGCCAAGAAGGGACAUUCGCUGGGACGAACAAGCAAGCUGAGACGAUUUGAAACGAAGUAUCAAGAUGGACUACUCAGACUACAGAGUCGCGUCGGAGCGAUAAGCGGAGUGAAGCUGUCCCAGGUGUUCCGCGAAAAAUUUGAAUAUAAUAUAAUAAGAAACUGUACAUUUUUUUAUUACUAUAAAAUAAAAACUACAUAG